AAGCUAAAGGUGGACAAAAAGAGCAGUUUUCUAGUCUAGAACAAGAAGAAGGGAAAAAAAAUGGCAACUUCAACAGUAUCAUCUCUUUUACCAUCAAGAGUUUUGACAGAAAAGCAUCAAAAUCCACAACCAUUUUUGGGUAACAAUGGAAAUUUUUGGUGCACAACUUCCAAGAAUCGGGUCUCCUUCAGGCUACAAGCUGUGAAGCCUCCUCCUGGAGUGAUAGUGCCAAAAGUAGAGCCAAAAUUUAAUCCCCCAUUUGCGGGAUUCACCAGAGUUGCUGAAACAUGGAAUUCUAGAGCUUGCAUGAUUGGUCUUAUCGGUACUUUUAUUGUAGAACUGAUAUUGAACAAGGGUAUACUACAGGUGAUAGGAGUGGAUGUUGGAAAAGGUCUUGAUAUUCCUUUGUGAGUGUAAUUCAUCUUUUAUUCGCUUCAAAAAGUUGCUCUUUAACCACAUAUUGAUCUCUGUAAACACUCGAACAAUUGCUCAAAUAUCACGACUGCUGUAUUUUGUUAUUUAUAUUAUAUUACAGUCAUCUGUUUACAUCACGUUGCCUCCUCCUUUUCACCUUUUGAAUGAGAAUUCAGCCUUUUUGCUACGGUAUUUUUCACUCUAAACCCGCCA